AUGUUAUUUGACAGGAGUGAUCUCAGUGGAGUGAUCUCAGUGGUACAGCACAUAGACUACGAGCAGACCAAGUGGUACCUGCUGACUGUUCUGGCCACGGGCCAAGGGUUACCUCCACUCAGAGUGAUCUCAGUGGUACAGCAGGUAGACUACGAGCAGAUCAAGUGGUACCUGUUGUCUGUUCUGGCCACGGACCAAGGGUUACCUCACUCAGUAGCCAUCGUUGUAAAACUGUUGGACUACCACAACCCCAGUUGCACCUUCUGUAUGACGAUGUUAUGUGACCGGAGUGAUCUCAGUGGACGUGAUCUCAGUGGUACAGCAGGUAGAUUACGAGCAGGACCAAGUGGUACCUGGUUGACUGUUCUGGCCACGGACCAAGGGUUACCCCCACUCAGUAGCCAGACCACUGUAAAACAUCACCGUCUUGGACACUGGAGGCUGCGGACCGGGGACAGUGGUCCCAACGCGAGAGUGGGAUAUUCUCUGGAGUCGGGAGACUCUCUUCACCAGUUCAGUCUGGAUCUGAACACUGGAGAGUUGUCGGUGUCCAAAACUUUGGACAGAGAGUCUAUUGCAGAAUACAGCUUAACGAUUCAGGCCUCUGACUUCGGCUCUCCUCAACUGAGUUCUACUGUCUUCAUCAGUAUAAGUGUCCUGGACGUAAACGAUAAUCCGCCAACACUGACCCAAGACAACUACACGUUCUUUGUCCAGGAGGACAAAAUGCCAGGCUGGGCUGUGGGUCAGAUGAUAGUGUCUGACGUUGACACCUUCCCCAACGGAGCUCCGUUUUCCUUCAGCAUCUUGUCCGGCAAUGCUGACCUGGCUUUCCGCGUGGUAUCUGACGGCACUUUGUACACAGCAGCUCGCCUCAGCACGCGAGCUCGCUCUGUGUACUACCUGCAGGUACGCGUGGGUGACAGCGGCUUCCCUCCCCUGCACACCGACUCUUGGAUCACUGUCAAGUGUUUGCCCCUGGAGGUGUUCAUCAUCGCCUACCAGGAGCGAUGGCCCGGAGGUGAGAUCGGUCACCUGAUAGCCUCGGACCAGGACCCUUAUGACACGCUGGUGUUCGCGAUGGAGCCGAGCCCACCAGGCCAGGGACAGUUCUCGGUGGAGCCUCGCCGUGGAGUUCUGACCGCCGGUCCCAUGGUGGAUGCUGGCCGCUACCGCCUCAACAUCUCUGUGUCUGACGGCAAGUUCACGACGUACACCACCGUCACCGUCCACGUGCUGCCUCUCUGGGAGGACAUGCUGCAGCACAGCGUCAGCAUCAGGUUGCGGAGUAUGACGGCCCAUCACUUCGUGCUGCGGCAGUGGAAGAGCCUGGUGCAGCUCCUGGAGUCAGCGUUGCUGAGACAGGUGUCACUGACCAGUCUACAAGCUGUGGCUCACGGUGACCUUGACAUACUCUUGACCAUCACUGGGGGGGUGGAGCUGGCGGUGCUUAGCGAGGCUCUACAGUCCGCUGGGCUGAGCGGGGCCAACUGGUCAUGCGACUGCCACAACGGCGCUCUCUGCCGCCAGAAGGUUCAGAUACAGCGGGACUUGGUGUUCACAGUGGCCACAGACCACCUCAGUUUCGUGUGUCCUGGCCACUCCCACCAACUCUACUGCGCCUGCAACCUCGGCUAUGGAGGUGAAUACUGUGAGGAGAUUCUCCCGGGCGGCGACUGUGGGUGUCCUCCUCCUCAGGGGUGUAUGCCCCAGGCGGGGGCUCCAGGGGGCUACAUCUGCGUACCCCCCUCCUGCCCUCCCUCACACUCUUGUCCCCCCGCCGUCACCGCCAGCAUCCACUGGGAGGAGCUAGUGGCGAUCGUCGUGGCCAUCCUCAUAGUCUCGUGUCUUUUACUCGUAUUCGUCCUCUACAGGCGCUGCCACCGCAUCAGUCCCGGAAACAGGGUGGACAAGUCGGAACUGAAUCACGUCAUCAAGAGAACCUCUAAACUCAGUAACCUCCAGGUUACACAGCCCUCCAGGCCAACGUCGUACACUUGCAGUUCUAACAACGAGGUUUUCUCAGCCGUGGCGCUCAACAACGCCGAGAGAGGGACAGCGGAGACAGACAACGUGCCGCCCGACUACAGGCGCAACCUCAUGAGUCCCCAUCACAAGAUCAACAACGAUUUAAAACAAACUGCAGACAUCCCCCUACACCAGGUUAUACCCGCAGAAGAUGAUACAAGAACGAUUGGAGGAUUCCACUGGGACUGUACGGAGUGGUUGCAGAACGGCGAUGUCCACACAACCAUCCUGGGCGACUCUUCCAGUUACCAUAGCAACGAUAGCUGUCUCACAGGUGACCCUGCUCGGGAACUGGCGACCCUGGACACCAAGCUGAACAGUCAAGAGGAUCAGGUGAUCCCGUACGGGUUUCCCAGCAGUCUGGACGUCUGCUCGUAGCCUCUUCCACGCUUUCAGUUUCACUCGUGUACCUGCUUAUUUAUCCUGAACCAAUUCGCUAUGUAAAUCCUUUACAAAGUAGAAUAAAAGACUGAUGGGUUAUUUGAGGAAUUGUUCAGAUUUAAAGGUGUAUUUUAACAUUUUGUAUUGCUUAAUUAUUUUGUUUUUCACGUUUGGAAAAGUCUUCUUUACUUAUACUGUGCCAAAAGAAGCUUUUAUUGAGUUACAAAGCGAAUUGAUAACCUUAUAAAGCUGUAUUGACAGAGAUAAAUUGAGUUUAUCUUUUACCAUUUCAAAAUCUAUACAUAAUCAAAAAUUUCUUAUUUCUUAUUACCUUUUCCUAGAGUUGUUUCAAAUUUUUUUUCAUUACGAUCUUCGAUUUUGGGUUAAAUCAAGUUAAUUCAUAACAAAAACACCUAUGCUGUAAAUAGGUUUUGUAAUAACUCCAAAAUGCAUUAAAAGGUGCUUAGCAAAACCAUUGAAAAUUUACAGAUUCUUCCAUGAGCUAUCUUCAAUCAAUAAGCAUU